AAGGCCGUUCGUUUCUUGAGAGAAAGAGAACGACGGAUGGAGAAAGAGAUGCAUAGGACGAAGGGGCAUCAGUAGUUGGCCCUUGGUAUUUUUUGGCCAUGAAUGUUUAUUUCAUUUUCUUUCCUUUCUUUCCAGUUGAGUUCAGAAAUGGCUGGAAAGGUCUUUCCUUGAGGAUACAUGUGUACCUGUAAUACGCUACCCUUUAAUGCCACUUACAUGCUCAUGUAUAAACAGCUGCAGGUGAAACUCGUGUAACGUUGAAAGUUGCAGAGAACAGAACUCGAAGGGAACAUCAGAAAGGAUCAGUCACUCAGGAGGGACCACUGAGGCAUCCACCCUCCGGUUCCGAGCACAAGGGUCCCUCAUGUAUGUCUGCCCAGGCCACGCGUCCUGACCGCCCCGUAGGCCUCUUCCCGCCAGGGCUGUCUCAAGGGCGACGCCCUGGCUGGCGGGAACAUCAUCACUGAGCCACGUGUUCAUAUUGCCCGAGUUGCUGGUCCCGGAUCAUGCAUGUAUCAGGUCCUGUGCCGGCCUCCCGGUGCAGGCCCUGGUUGGCCAUGCAGCGUUGCCGUGUGUGGCCCAGACUCCAAAGGGCACCAAGACCUGGCUCCAGAGAAUAGGACACAGCCUAGGCGGAAAUGGAACGAGGCCGGCAAGGACGUGGUGGUGCUGCAUAUGUCCCGCCGUGGAUACAGCUGCCCGAGCCUUUCGCCCUUUGUCCUGAAACUCGAGACGUACCUCAGGAUGGCAGAGAUUCCAUACCAGACCGACUUCGAGGAGCCCCUUGGCGCAAAGGGCAAGUCCCCGUGGGUCACGCUCAACGGGGAGGACUUGGCCGACUCGCAGCUAGUUAUUGAGUGGCUCGGACCUAAGUUCGGGAAGAACCUGAGCUCCCAUCUGGCACCGCAGGAGAAGGCAGUGGCCCACGCCUUCAGGGUCAUGCUCGAAGAAUACUUCCUAUGGUGCCUUGCGAUGUGGCGCUACGUGAAGGAGCGCGGGCGCCCGGUGGUGGAGAACAUGUACCUCCCGAUGCCCCUCCGCCUCAUGAUGCCCUUGCUCGUCAAGAAUGCUGUUAAGGCGACCCAUGCACAGGGCAUUGGGCGCCAUAGUCACCAGGACGUGGAAGAAAUGGGCAGAAAGUGUCUACAUUCUCUUUCUACUUGGCUGGGGGACAAGCCGUUCUUGACGGGUGACAAGCCGGCGGAGGUGGAUUGUUCAGCCUUCGGGACGCUGGCGCAGGUGGUUUGGUGUUCCCCGAACUCUCCCUACCUAAGGAUGCUGGAAAGUGAUUUCAGGAACCUUUAUGAUUACUGCCAUCGCAUGAAGGAGAAGUUGUAUCCUGACUGGGAUCAGUGUCUCGACAACUCCAAGCAGUGAAAAGAGACACUUGUUGGAUUUCUCAAGUGAUGUAGUAAUGCAGAUACUCAUUUACUCUGAGUGAUGUAUAUUUGUACUUCUGUAGUCAAGUCAAAUGAAAUAUGAAUAUUUGUGUAAUCUGAUCACAUAAAUGUGUGAAUAUGUUU